UGUAUUUUAUAGGUGUGAAUAGACGUGUGCCACAUGCAGCAGAUAUUCCCGUAUCUAAUGUCACCUCAUUGUAUGUUUUAUCCCCAGAUAUUAUUUUCAGAUUUACCAGGGCAGGAGAUUGAAUUUGAGGUUCUGGACAAAAAUGUUCAGAGAGAUGAUUCACUGGGCAGCUGUAAAAUUGCAGUUCCACAUGUGCUAAAGAAGAAAUUCAUUGAUAAGUGGAUCCGGUUGGACAAUGUGAAGUCUGGGGAGCUCCAUAUCAAGGUGGAAACUCUCAAACUCUUUUCAGACCGUGACAAGCUGGAGAAGUGUUAA